AUGGCGAACGAAGCCCAACCCCCGGCGCUCAACGACUUGAGCAUCAACGAGAAAACCGACACCAAGGCCGUUGGGCAGAUCGUGACACCCUUUGAUGUCUCCGGUGGAGUUGACGAGUCCGGCAAGCUAUUGCCCGUCGAUUAUGAAAAGCUCACUAGGGAAUUUGGCGCCACACCUAUCAAUGCCGCUCUAUUGGAGCGUUUUGAAAAGGUGACCGGCCACCGGCCUCACCGUUUCAUGCGCCGGAGUAUCGUGUUCAGCCACCGGGAUCUCUCCAAGAUUUUGGACAAGCACGAGAAGGGCGAGCCUUUCUUCCUCUACACUGGCCGAGGACCGAGCAGUGACAGCAUGCACGUCGGACACACCGUGCCUUUUGAGUUCACAAAAUGGCUCCAGGAUGUUUUCGAUGUGCCGCUCGUGAUCAUGAUGACCGACGACGAAAAAUUCAUGCACUCCCAGAAGAUCGAGAUUGAGGACUCUAAGAGAUACACAAAGGCAAACGCAAAGGAUAUCAUUGCUGUUGGAUUCGACAUGAAGAAGACCUUCAUUUUCAGUGAUUUCGAGUUCAUUGGUGGUGCUUUCUACGAGAACAUGUGCCGUAUGGCCAAGCGAAUUACCAUCAACCAAGUCAAGGGCACAUUCGGCUUCAAUGACAGCAACAACAUCGGCGAGUUCCACUUCUGUGCCACUCAGUCAGCAUCCGCUUUCGCGACGAGUUUCCCUCACAUCUUCGGCACUGAGACCAAGAAGGUCGCCUCAAUUCCCUGCUUGAUUCCCUGCGCCAUCGACCAGGACCCCUACUUCCGCCAAUGCCGUGAGCACGCCGAGAAGAUGAAGUACAAGAAGCCCUCUCUCAUCCACUCCAUCUUCCUUCCUGCCCUCCAGGGCCCUGGAUCUAAAAUGUCUGCUAGUGUGGACAGCUCCGCCAUUUUCAUGAGCGACACUCCGAACAAGAUCAAGAACAAAAUCAACAAGCACGCUUUCUCUGGUGGCCAGGACACCGCCGAGUUGCAGCGUGAGCUUGGCGGCAACACCAAGAACGACAUCCCCUUCCAAUACUUGACAUUCUUCCUCGAGGAUGACGCGGAGUUGGAGCAAAUUCGUGCCGACUACGAAAGUGGAAAGAUGAUGACCGGCGAGAUCAAGCAGAAGUGUAUCGCUGAGCUUCAGACUUAUGUCCAAGGGUUCCAGGAGCGUAGGGCCCAGGUUACGGAUGAGAUCAUGGCCGAGUACAUGCGUCCCCGUCCUUUGGAGUGGAAGGGAAAUCCCAACCCAGUCGUGGUUGAGAAGGCCAAGAAAUAA